AAAUUAUUGCAAGCUGCACCAGUUAAUUUUAUAUCCAAGAAGUGCCGUAGAGCUGGGCCGAUUAUGCAGCUCUAAAACAUUUCUGUGUUAUGAAGUUUGGGCGUGAACUGAAUAAUAUUUUUGUCGGGUUGAAGAGAAGAAUUUUUCAACAGCAUAAACGGAUAUCCCGUUCUAAACACGAACUAUAGUUUUAUGUGGUGGCGAACACAAGAUAAAGGAUGGAAAAGACUUGCAAUUUUUGCGCUUACCAAGAUGAAAGCGUCUUCGAACUCGAGAAAGAUUAUUACACGGACAAGUUAUCCACUAUACGCAUAGCGGCAAGGCAUUUGUGGUUUACGCACGACGAGCUAAAAUCAUUCUACAUUUGCAAUACCUGUCGGAGCAAGCUUCUGGAGUUUCAUCACUUUUACUGCCAAGUUAGAAAGCUCUACUCUGCAAAACCAGUAGUAGAAAAAAGCAAAUCGGAAUCCGUUCCAAUAACUACCACAGAUGAGAUUGAGCUUAAACCAGCUGUUGUAGAACCAGGACCAGUGGAAGACGACGUGGAAAAUCUUUCCAAUGAUCACGAUCAAGAAUCAAUGGAUGCAACAGAAAGCGGUAAUCAUUCCAACGAAAAGCUUUCCAAAGAUCCACCAAGAGAGAUAGAAUACCUCCCAAUAAUCACCGAUGAAGACAUUCGCAUCUUCUGUCAAAUGGCAUGUCACAUCUGCUCGGAAGAAUUCGAUUACUUCGAAGAUCUCAAGCAUCAUUGCGCCCAAGAACACGACACGAAGUGCUACGUGCACUGCUGUAACAGUCGCUUAGAUGCAUUACACAAGGUUAAGGAUCACAUACUUAUUCAUCUCAAGCCAGACACUUUUCGAUGCAACAAGUGCGACAAAAAUUUCACUACAAAAACUAGCCUAACCCGACACUUGAAGACUGCUAGUCACCUUUCCGCAAACGAUCAGGUUUUCGAAUGUAACCUGUGCUCCAAAAAGUAUCCCGGGCAGCAAAUGCUAGACGAUCACAUGCAGUCUCACCAGAAUGAAACCACCAUUCACAAAUGCACCCAAUGCCCGAAAGAAUUCCCUUCAUUUGAAAAGCUUGCCUUUCACACUGGAGUUGUUCACAAUACCAACGAAAUGUCGCAACAUUGUAAGAUUUGUAAUAAACUGUUCGAUAAUGUGGAAACCUUCAACGCCCAUCGAGGUACGAACUUAUGUGUCGAUCCACAACUAGCUGACGCUGUGAGAGUGGGGCGGAUAAGUGUACGAAAGUGUAUGCUUUGCGAAAAAACUUUCCAACGGAAGCGGACAUACAGGGAGCACAUGGCACUCCAUGCCGGAGAACUUGCGUUCUCGUGCGAUUUCUGCGAUAGAUCGUACAAAAACGAGACCUCGAUGUAUUUGCAUCGGAAGCGAAAGCACCCCGAAGAGUAUAAAAGGAUGAAGAUGGCGCAGGUGCCCGGGUGAUUCUUUACUGGAGAUUGUCUUAUUUAUAAAUAAAACCAUGAGCUUUA